CUAAAACGCUCCAGCGUUCAGACUCUUAGGUCGCAACGCAGCAUGGCUACCUACGCAUCUGUCGCAGCACAAAACGCCCCUCCCCCAUCUGAACAACCACGUCCGGAUCCUUCUCUACUCAAUACAGAAAGUGGGAAUCCCGGCCCAGUACAGGUGGACGAAAAAGCCAAAGUUACCGUUGUCCCCAGAGAUUUCAAAGAGUACCUUUCUGCCGAGAAUGCGGACGCCGAAGUGCCUGAACUUAUCGGUGAUCCGUCAGAAGGAGGAAGAGGGGGAGGAGAGUCGGGGAGAAGACGGUCGCGGGAGACUGUAGCAGAAGGGGCUCACGUCUGGCGACAAGUGAAACGCCUUUUGUUCCGGCCUGAGGUGGCUGGCGGUCUUGUUGGAUUGAUAAACACUGCUGUUAUCGGAAUCGUGGCGUAUUAUGGAUAUCAUAACUGGGAUAGGCCGAGAUGGGACCGACGGGUUGUUACGUCUGUGUCAGUUGGGUUGAUAGCUCUGUGGGGAGCAGAAGGGUACAUUGCUGAGAAAUACAGAGAGAGGAGUAGGCACUGAAACGGCGUGCACACGCGAUUUACUGUAACAUAUGUACAUACGUUGAACAUGGUCGUUUGCCCCUAAAACUGGGGGCAAUUGGACAUGAUGCUUUACGUGAACUUCCUGAUAUUCUACGCCUCCCUGCUUACUUGCCUACCGUACUGUACGACUACAACUCAUACCUUGGUGCAUUGGACUGUCGACCAGUGCACCGGCACAAUUCGACAACCAGCGGUCUGACUUACUUGGUGAACACUGAGCUGAUAAUUCAUGAGGCCACUCUUGCCGAUGAGGUCCGUAUGACGGCUGAUAGCGUACUGCGUAGAUUUGCAUCUGUACGCCAUGUAACACUGCUAUGGUGGCACGAAGGACAUGCUUACCUUUAGCAUGUCCGGCGAGU